CAAGUAUCCCCCAGAUAUGAUUUUUUUUUUGACAAAUGUAGGGCCUUUAGGGGAAACAUGUCCGUUGAUGCACAUCAUUUAAAUCAUGGCUGAUCAGUGCAUACUUAUAGCCGUCAGCGGCAGCGCAGAUCAAGGGUUAUCCAUUUUUUUGUCCCCAUGGAUGAAAUCCUCUGCGCUGACACCCGUGGUAAUGAGCACCCUCUCUGGCGUUAAUGACCUGUCUUGACAUGUGUUUGAAAAUUCCAUCAAUCAUUUAGUUGUGCCACACAUCAAAGAUGAUCAUUCAUCACAUAUCGCGCAUCUCUCUUCAACUUGGACGAAUACGACCCCUUCGCCUGACAGUACUUAAACAUCUACCUUCCCUGAAAUGUUGUUCUACCAAACCUAUCGCUUUAUCAGUGUGCUGGGCUUUCAUUGGUGUAGCAUCAUAUAGACACUUGCCACAUUUUACAAUACGAAGAGCAUCAUGUCAAGAGGCAAUUCUAGAGCAUCCUGUUGUUUCACAGUCUGAUAGAGUUCAUUCUAUCAAAUCGUUAUUAGUUGGACAGCUACGACUCUGGCAUCAUGUUGCUGUGAUUCUUGCAUCAAAUCUUGUUCAAUGUGUCCUUGUGUCCCUCCGCUACAUCCGUAAUUCCAUCCUCUUUGGACCACUCCUCUUCUCCUACCCGCUAGUACUCCUGUUCCCAGACAGGCUGCAGGACGUUUGGCUACGUGCUCUCCUGCGAUCUAUUGAACUCUCUGGACCCACCUUCAUCAAGCUUGGACAGUGGGCCAGUACCAGAAGAGACAUCUUUGCUCAGGACUUUUGUGAUCAACUCUCCAAGCUACACCGCAAUGCCCCGAGCCAUUCCUUGGAAUACACAGAAAAGGCUUUGGAACAUGCAUUUGGCAUGUUAUGGAAUGAUAUCUUUAGGUUGGAAUCUGGCAAUGAAACUGUGUACUCGGGAUGCGUAGGACAAGUUCAUAAGGCAUAUAUGAGGCUAGAUGUCUACAAAGCUAUUAUGGAAGGGAGAGAUAAGGGACUUAGAGAUUGGAGGAUGAGACUAUUAGAUCCAGUCAGGGAUGAAGGAGAGUGGAUUCCUGUUGCUGUCAAGGUCCUUCAUCCUGGUAUCUAUGAGUGUGUUCAUCUAGAUCUGAGGAUUAUCCAUGUAUUUGCUAGAAUUCUUAAUCUUAUUCCUGGUCUACACUGGCUCAGCCCUGUUGACUUGGUGGAUGAGUUUGAAUCUCUUAUGAAAAAUCAGAUAAACCUUAAAUUAGAAGCAGAAAAUCUAGACAAAUUUCAUCAAAACUUUUCCAAAGUGCCUCAUAUUAAAGUACCUCAACCAGUCUGGCCGUUUGUCACAGAAGAUAUCCUAGUUGAAACAUUUGAGAGUGGUCAGAGUAUUUCAACCUUUAUAUCACAUGAUCCUGACAACCUUGAUGAGAAAGGGAUCAAGAAGAUUCUAGCAAAAAUGGGAGUGGAUGUGAUUUUAAAGAUGAUCUUUGUGGAUAACUUUGUGCAUGCAGACCUUCACCCUGGGAACAUCCUCGUCCAGGGUGUAGAGGAGGCCCUGGACCAACCCUGUAGGACUGUAGACUUUCAUGAUCAUAUUACAGAGUUCCAAGUCUACCUCAAGCACACUUCAAAUCCACUAAAGUUAGUGCUCCUAGACACCGGUAUCACAUCGCAUCUAGAGGAGAGGGAUUUCAAGAACUUCUAUCAAGUUUUUACUGCAAUAGUACUUCGCAAGGGAGAUGUUGUUGCAGAAUUGUUUGUUGAACAUGCAUCAUCAAAUGAAUGCAAAGAUGUGGAGAAAUUUAAAGAUGACAUGUCUGCAUUGGUAGAAAAGGCUCACGAGCAAACUCUUCAACUGAGCAAGAUGCAAGUAGGCCAGCUGUUGAGGGAACUCUUUGCACUUAUGAUUCAUCACAAGGUGAAGUUAGAGAGUAAUUUUGCAUCCAUCAUCCUUGCCAUCAUGGUCUUAGAAGGACUCGGUCGCUCCCUUGAUCCACACCUUGAUAUUCUUGAAGCAGCAAAGCCAGUGCUACUAGGGAGGUGAUAAUAGUUGAUACCAAAUCCACCAUCAAAUGCAGCUAUAUUGUUAUAUAAGAGAUUUAGAUGAGUACUAUAUCCCAGCAUUAAAUUCAGGGAGAAUGAUAGUGUUUGUGUUGUCCUUGUUGACAUACCAGCAAUAUGCCAUAGCCAUCUUUGAAUACAUCAACUCUAUCCCUUAACUAUCUUAUUCCUCUUCAAGCGAGCAACUGUUUGACCCUGUAGUAUAGUAAUAUAUGUCCUCUAGAAUGAUGACAAAUUAAUUAUUUUACUAAUUACAACAUUCAUACUGUAAGAUGCCCCCCCAAAAAAAAAUAUAUCAUGUUUCCUGACAUACCUAUUUUCACUAAAUCAAGUAAGCAUGGUCAGAAAAUGUAUAUUUCACCUCCUUGUCCUUCAUGGUCUUUGUUGAUCCAUGUCCAACAAACAUGUCCUCUGCAGGGAGCAGUGAAGUAUCGAUGUCCACAGUGCUGACUCUGUCUUUGAAUGCUUCUGGUUAAACAAAGCAGGUAUAAAUAUCUCUAGCCAGAUUGGUAAUUUUCAUGGGUCUCCCUCUUCUAAAACAACACAACAAACUUCUAAAAAAAUGGGAGAAAAGCUUAGAUUUUCAAAAUUGAGCAAAAAUGAAGGAAAAAAUUGUAUGCUUUGCUGGAAAAAAAAUUCGGAAAUUCGAUUUAAAUUGGGUGAAUACACCCCUGUGUAUGACAGUUGUUCGUACAUAUUAAGAUACAUCAUUUGCAUACAGGUAACUCUGCCAAGUUGAAUCUUGUAAGUUUCACAGAAAUCUGUUUGAUGUAGCCUGGAGAAAUUUGACUUAGUAGAGGUAUAUAACUUAUAUUUUUUUAUAAUCUUGUCUGAAAAAUUGCUUUGAAUUUUGCGAAUAUUUGACUUAUGGAAGGUCAGCUUAGGCAGAGAUGGUUUUAUUGGAAGUGCCAGGGGAUGAGUGCGGCACGUGACUGGGUGUAGCUACAUGUAGGUAGUUGCAUCUGUUGGUAGGGAAAUUUUCUUACAGAAUAGAUAGGUUUGUACAAUGUUGAUGUAAGAAAGGUGCCAAAUUAAAGCUGAUGAGUUUACUUCAUAUUGUAGUAAAUAUGUCACAAAGAGUAAACCAUUUAAUAUUUACAAAGCUUACCUUUGAACUUGAGUUGAACUUUUAGAAACACACUUUAGGGAAUAAUGAUCCAGCACAUAAAACUAACCUCCCCGUGUUUAUAAAAGGAGCUAUUACAAUAGUUUUUGUCUCACCUGCAUAGCAGAGUGAGACUAUAGGCGCCGUUUUUUUGACG